AUGAAAGGACGGGAUGACAAAGAACAGACGAAUCCCAGAAGUAUUCAGGCGCCAAUCUACCCUCUUUCCGGAAACUCGCGAAAUGAAAACUCCAUGAAUCCGAAUUCUCCAAAUGGCUCCAACAUGCCGUUUCAUAGUCGCCCAGUGCCGUUUUUGGGCAGUGGAGCUAUCAUACAGCCCACUCUGCGACAUUCUUCGCCGCCCGGGCUGACCCCAAUUCGCCCCCAAAGCAACCUUCCUCCUCAUCAACCUUGGCUCCCGACUUCGCAAUAUCCCCGAAUCAGCCCAGAAAGACCACCAUCUCAGAUCGCUCGCCCUUGGACGCAAUCGCAAAUGACGAUUGUGCAGGGAACAAAUCAAAUGCCUCUUCAGCCAGGUCACAUGAUCAGAAUGCCGGACGGGAAGCUCGGAAAAGUCAUCAAAACUGGACAGAAUUUGAAUCAGGGGAGCCCCAAUUCCCUACGGAAUUUGUCUCAUAAUUCUCCGCCGCGCGCAACUCAGGUUCAAAAACAGAAAACGCAAAAACCUGCUUUUCGCCUCCACCAAUUCGAUUUUCUCGCAACUGCAAAUCAGAAUCAAAAGAAAGAUCCUCAAAAUCCUCCAAAAAAGCGAAAAUCCGAAAAAUCCGAGAAGGAGAAGGGAAAAAUGAAUCUUCCAGAUUUCAAGCGCAAGAAAAAACCGCCAAAAGAAGAGAAAAUUCGGUCGAAAACAAACUCUUCCCUGGUCCAAAAUCCAGCUCCAGCUCCGGCUACGGUUCAAAAGCAAAAACCACAGAAAGCGAUUUUAGUCGAAGAAAAGCCGAAAGAAAUAAAAGUCCGGCCGAUUCCUAACAUGGAAAAGAUCGAAAAAGAACUGUUGAAGCAAAAUAAGCCGAGGGUUGACGAAUGGGGACCGCUAGAAAUUGUCAAGCAGAGGAAGUUUCAAUGGCCAGCUUUACCGGAAGGUGUAGAAAUCGUGUGGAAUAACAGCUUCUACCAGCCAUUCAACCUGACGAAAAUCGCUGUAGACGAGCUGGAAAAAACGCUCCGGGAAAGCGUUUCAAGAGACAUCUUCGACGUCCGACGAUACAUCGAAAAAAUCAUCCAGAAUUCGAACAACUUCAUGGCCGACCCCGACGACAAACAGUUUCAGCAGCAAUUUUCCUUUCAAAAAGCGUCGAAGAUAAAAAUCUGGCGAUGUCCCAACUCGGCGUUUAUAUUCGAAGAUGACAGUCAUACGCUCAGAGUUACAGUAGCCAUGUGCCGGUCGGUGAAUGAAUGGUCGACGAAAAAGGGAAAACUGACUGAAAACGAAAGAAAAACGCAAGAAAACGGGCAAAAACCGUCGGAAAAAGGGCCAAAAGAGGUUGUAAAAGACCAAAUAGAGCUGAAAAAAGAAUCUCAAGCUCUGGAAACCGGGCAAAAAAUGCAGAAAAUCGGAGAAAAAACUGAAGAAGCCCAAGAAAUCAAAGAAGAAACGUCGUUUUUUGAAGAAAACUCAACCCUCUCUACACUAACGGAUGAUGAAGUUCCUACUUCUCCUCUCGGUUCUGAGCCAAACAGUAAUGCCGGAGAAGAGCCGGAGAAGAAAAGGGCGAAAAUUUCGAAAGCAGAUGCAAAAGAAAAGCUCUCAACAAUUGGCGAAAUUCAAGACUCUCCGUGCAUGCGAUAUCUGACCCGUCAAUACGCGAACAAGAAAAAAGACACUUUCAUCCGCCGCGGAAUUGGAGAAAACUACGUUUGCGGCGUCUGCGACAAGCUCUACUGGAAAGAUUUUCACAAUUUUCAGAAGUCCCAUUGCAACGAGAGAAGCUUGUAUUACGACGAGAAUGGCGAGUUUGAUGCGUCGCCCGAUUUGACCAGAAACAUUUCUUGCGCGUUUCAGGGGUUACGGCGGCUCUGUCCCGGCAAGGCUGUUACGGCGCAGACGUCAAUCGAGCAAAUUCUCCGGGAGAAGCGCGGCCUCAAGCCUUCGAGCUUCACCAAUUCUAAAAUCAUUCCAGAGUGGUAUCAUCGCUUGUUUUUGCCAUCUGACGAGUUCCGAGAGGUGAUGAUUUCACCUCAGACUGCUCGUCAUUUGUUGGAAAUUCUCUGGGGCGAUAUUCGGGAAAUGCUGCUUGAAGAAAUUGAGUGGGAAAAAAGUAGCAACAAGGACUAUUUGGAUGGAACUUUCAAGCAAUUGCGGAUGCGAUACGGGAAGAAUACGGUCAAGCGAGUGAUUCCUGGAGUCAGGGAAACAUGUGAUAGAUGCAAGACAUCCCUCUUCAACUCGCACUACAUCUGCACUUCCUGUGGCGGUACGAUUUGUCCAAAAUGCGCGAUGAAGAAAAUUCCUGGAACUGAUCUUAAGAAAAUCCAUCACUGCAGCUUCUGCCACAACCAUCGAACAAUUCCAGACGACCGAAACACGGUCCUGCCCAUUUCCUUCAUACCUAUCGAAUCCUUCAAAAACAUCUACGUGCUACUUCAAUUUAUCAUGUCCAGCAAUCCGAGCCACGAUGUUCCUGACGUUUGCCAUCCACUGUCAACCGAGCGCUACCUCAAAGACAAGAACGUCAUUCCCCAAGAGCUCGACUUGGUAGGAGAUAUCAACAAAAGCCAGCUCGAAGAACUCCUGAAGCUUGAGCAGCGAAAAAUCGACGAAAAGAUGAAAGCAGAUCUACUCAAGGACAUUGAGAAAAUCUUGGUCGAUCCCCUUUCGGACUUUGAAAGCUCCGAUUCUGACAAUGAUCCUGCCAUUUCCCCUAGUGGCGAUGAGCUGAGCCCUUCUGAUUUGGACAAAAUCAACAAAAUCGAGCAACGAAUCGACUCCUCGGGAAAAGUGCAUUCACGCUUCAAAGCAAAGGUUGAAAUCAUCGACACAAAGCAUUUCCGUGACACUCCGAAUUCUGUGAUUCAUCUCGACGGCAAAAAAUCAAAGGCACUGGGUUUCAUUACUCUUCAUGUAGGGAGAGCUUUCUGUGUAAUCUUUACUUUCUUUGAAAUUUUUGGUGAUAAUCUUGAUAACUUUCGGAACUCGCAGGUGUGA